GUGAUUUAAAAAAGUAAACGUCACUAAAAAACAAGUUUCUCUACAAAACGGCCGAAAAUGCGAAAAAAACAUCACAAAAUUAUUUUAAAAUAGACACAGUAAUGUAACCUGGUUUACUAAAUACAGGAAACAACCAUGUUUAUUUCGGAAAGAUAAGUAAAUUCGGUGUAGGAUGGACCCUGCCGCAUCUUCAAGACCCGCCAACUUUGAUGAAAUAUGUAGAAGAUGCAUCAUAAACGUUGAAGAAACGGCAAUUCCAGCCAUAGCACAAAGAAGUACUGUUGUUAAAUACACCAAAAUUCCAGAUUUCGAUUUUAACUAUGAUUCUAAAGGCAAUUGGUCAGAGAGCAAUUACUCCCUACCCCCGCGGUAUCGUCGUUUUGUCUCUCUGGAUGACCAAACCCUCCAAGUUAGUCAAUCAGCUAAGCUGGAUAUAAUACCACCUCAAAAUCACUUGCUUACAUCAAAGGUCAAGAGAAAAAUGGUCUCUAUAUCUGAAAACAAAGAAAUUAAAUCAGCAAAACAGUCAUCUAGAAAACAAGUUUGGUCGCAUAGAGAAUCCCAGGUUGAGGACAAAUCCAUCAAAACAACAGCUCGAUUUAAAAACAUUACAGGUAAAAGAGACAAAUCUUAUGACAAUUUAAAUCACUCGCCAGUUAGUAAUUCUAGUAGUAUACAAGUUAAGAAGAUUUUAAAUAAUAACCCUUCAAGCCAAGCUGCCAGUAACAAAGGCAGGACAGUCAGGAAGUCAUCACCUAGCAGAAUUACUCACAACAAAACCCACAGUAGGCCCAUACCAAAUACUGAUACUCUGGACAACCAUAUUAAGAAAGAAACAAAUAAACCAAAAUCAGGUAAAAACACAGUAAUAUCAAGAAAAGCCACUGCCAGAAUUAAAUCUCCUAAAGCAACUGAAAUUAACAUGCACAUUCCAAGCGCAACUUCAGAGAAAAUGGUUGAAACAAUGUCCAGACGAAUUGUAAAAACGCAAAGAACACCCACAACUGUAUCUACAAAUUCUGAAAAAAUACAUAAGUACACAGUAGAUAGUAACAAAAAAGAAAACAAGAAAACAUUGCUUAGUCCAUCAUCCGGGAGAAAAGUGCAUUCUACAAAUGUGAUUCAUGUGCCUUUAACAAAUCAAAAAAAUAGGUUAAAAUCUUCUACUAACUCUUCCUUACAUCCUCCAAUGAGCGACAGAUCUACUGAAGCGAAUCUACCAAUCACAAUGCAUGCCCAGGUGGAUACUAGUUCACUGCACAAUCUUUCCGACCAGUAUACUGACAUGCAAGACUUCUCAUCCUUAAUACAUAGUGAAAAACAGCUAUGUGACGUAGAAACACAGGCUGAAAUGCUGACUGAUUGUAACACCACCCAAACCGAUAACAAUAACCUGGAUACCUCAGUCCCUGUAGUGACUUAUGAUAGUCUAAAUAUACCAAAUGUCUCGUUAACUAAAGAGAAAAGUAAUCCAAAUGAAUUAAAAAGUCUUUCGUUACCCAAUUUAGAAACACCUGCUCUGACCUAUCUUCCUGGGAAGGAAGAAAAACAAUUACAAAGCAAGUCAUACAUAAUAAGUCGAGCAAUGGUCACCUACACCACAAAGCAGAAAUUUGACAUACAGGUGAUUGGUAAGCAAGAAUCACGGUCUACAUCCUCUAGUCCAAUCACCCAGUAUCCGCUCAGUGUAGUGUCUGUUUUAAAAAGGGAGUUGCAAAAGUGUGAGUCAGAUAAAGUGAAUGCUUAUUGCUCUAGUCAUAGCAGAACUAAGUCAGAGACUGAGACUACAGACUGUGCAAAGUUGCCUCAAGUCAUAUCUUCAUAUGCAGUAAGCCGAACCAACUUAGUCAAACCAUCUGAUUUAAUCAGUGGUAUAAGGGUCAACACUGAUUGCUUCUCUGAUCAAUUUCAAAUGGAAUUGAACUUUAUUGACUCGUUUUUUGAGUCACUACAAUAUUUGGAAAGCAGCUUGAUAUCCAAAAAGAGUUUAAGUCUAAGCAAGACCGAGACCUGGAUCAAUGGGAACUAUGACGCUGAUAACUCUGAUUACAAUAAUUUCUUGUCAAAACUAGAGAAUGACAAUGAUUCUCAAACAAUGGCAACCAACAGCCUUUGUCUGCUCAACUUGCUUAUCCGCAAUGAACAGAAGCGUGCGGAGAACCUCCUGGUCGCAUUGAAAAUGCGAGAAGAGGCUCUGAAAGACUUCACCAAGUCACAGAUCUUGUGGUUGGAGACGAAGAAGAAGCAGGACAAUACGGACAUCUCAACAUUGAAGAAAAAACAACGAGGGGCAUUACUGAAGCUACAGCUCGAAUGUGGGGAGAUGCACCGGAUGAAGAAAGCCCUUCUUAUGCUGUCCGACAAGAGGAAAGCGGCCCUCAUGAAGACUAAAAAGAACAUAGAACUUAAAAUGAACACAAGUGUUGAUGUUGACAAGAUAAUAAAUAAGAAGAGGCUACGAAGGCCGAGCUCAGAAAGGGUGAAUGUUCCCUUGAAAUGCUUUGAGCUUUCAAGUAGUGGCUGCGAGGCCGAGGAGCGGCCGCGACCAGUAGCAAAAGUAGUUGAAAUGGAAGCCACCACUGAGAAGUCCAUACAAACUCUGGACGCCACAGAGCCAGAAGUCCUCAUAUCAAAUACAACGGUAUCAGAAAAUAACGUAACAGUUGACGGCGGCUUUCUCAACAUCUUAUUCCAAGACCUGAAAAUGCCGCAAAUAUUCAGCAAUGGGAAGCAGUACGAAGUGAACGAGGAGGCUCUGAAAAAUAUACUCAACUCGACGAAGAACGAAAGCGCUGAGGUUUCGGACGUGGUCGAUCAAAUCAUGGAUCAGAUGAAGAAGUCCGAAGAGAAUACGACGACACCCUCAACCGCCAGGAGUUUAGUCGACGAAAUGGACAUGUAUUACAAGAGUUUAGCCGACGAAGACAAAGUCUAUACUUCUCAGAGUGAAACAACAGAUUCUGAAUCGCCAGUCGAAGAUGUGAGACUAGUGGAAGAUAAAGAGAACAGUGUGUGUGAAGAGAAUUCUUUUGAAGAGGUUGAAGAUGCAGUGGGGUUAGUGGAAGAUGUUCGAGAGAGGAGCCAGGCCGGGCCGCUACCCGUGCCAGUAGGAGCGCCCGUCGAAUCCCUGGAUGAAGCCAAUAAAACCGAUGACGAAAGCCUAAUUAUUAUUGAUGAGAGCAGUAACGUGAGUGCAGAAGCGAUGUCUGACUCGGCGGAGCCACAUUGUGAGAUUGAGUUCACAGAACCGGGCUUGGUCUCGCCGGUAGAUUGUGAAGCUGAGCGGCUGAGGAAACAACAGAUGGCUAUAGAAAAGGAGAUCAAAGCACUCGAGCAGCAGCAGUCCCAAUUGCUAGCGGUCCGGUCUAUCCCGGACAAGCCGCCGCCGCCCUACACCCCUCCCAUGGACGCCCGCUCCUCCCGCCCUAGACGAAGGUUCACCCCGGACGAGGCUGUGAAUACCUUGCAUAAGCUGGUACAAGGGGAGGAAGAGGCUGAUGAUAGCAAUCCGCUGGAGGUGUAUGUGAAGGACUUUUGUGAGGAGGCUGCUGAGAGGCGGAAGGCGGAGCAGAGCUCAGUCCCGUGGGAAUCGUGCAACCUGCUGCCGCGCCCGCCGGAGCCGGCCCACGACGAGCUGGUCAGGGCCACCGCCGACGAGCUGAGACAGGUGCUGACCGUCGUGCCGCCUGCUACUGUCACUGGGCUAAGCACACGUCGGUCCGACCACAUCGACAACAUCCUGUUCGCGGAGUGGCGGCGCUGCGAGCCCGAGUGGACCUCGCUGCACGCCGACGAGGCCACUGUCAAGAACCAGGUAUUCGAGAGUAUAUUCCAAAAGUUGCUGGAUCAAACUUUGGACGAAUAUAAGAAGAAUGUGCUUGGUAUUGACGAGCCGAGUGGCGAGGCUUUAGAGGCGUCAUCGAGUGCGGCCGGCCAAUCAGAACAAUGCGAUCACUGAACUCACCAAUCAGAAGAGAGGAAUCCGGUAAUAUCUGUUAAAGUACGAUCAAAUGCUCUAAUCACUAAUGCGAUGAAACACUGCCGAUUCCGAUUAUUCGGGCUACAUGUGUGAUGCUAAGGAAUUUCGCGAAAAUAUUUGAAGGUACAAAUAUGUACGGUCUUUCUAUGUCAUUACAGAAGACCAAUUUGUCUCCUAUACAAACUGUUUUACUAUAGUUUAGGUAGUUAGUUUAUAUUGUAAUUUAUGGCGAUGAUUUUUAGGCAAUUUCUAAAGAAAUGUCGGCUGAGUGAGAAUGUUGAUGAAAAAGUGAUGAGGUGUGCCUUACAACGUGAUGAACAUACUAUUAUGUAUGAUUAAAUCUACAACAGUUUAUUUUACACUUUAUAAAAACACGGAUGAAAAUGAUUUGUAUUAGGUUCGAGUGUUGUGUGUUGAUCUAUUUAUUAAAUGGUUUGUAAUAAUUUAUUGGAAUAGUGUUUCUCAGUAAAUACCAUCACAAGUUCACAGCACGUAAUAUAGUGUAUAACGAUUAUUUAUUAUGUUGAUCAUAACUGUAUACUAGAUACAAGAACCUGUCCAAUCAAUACAAGAAAUUGAGCCUUUUUGGGCUUAAAAUAUUCAUAUUUUUCAAGCUGAGAUUCUUACAAGUUUAAUGAAGUCUAUCAAAGUAUUUAUAAACCUACCUCUUCUUUUGCUCAUUAUGAAUGUUGCAUAAAACAAGACGAGAUUAUAGAAAUACAAUGCGACCUCUACCAGUAUUAUUGCUAUAUCUAUACAUUCUAUUGUUAACGCUCCAAUAAUAACUUUUCUCCGUUUGCCGUAUAGUACCCCGCACCUUUCAUAUAAUUUUUCAAAUAUAGUAUGAGUCCAUUUUGGAUUAUGUUCGGCCAGAAGAUUAUAUGGAUUAUUGACGGCCUUAGCUCCAAUUUCAAAAUAGUCGGUUAAAUCGUAAUCAGGUAGUAUUGGUUGAUCAAUUACAUGUCAUCUUCAUACUAAAUUCUUGACAGAUGUGUCAAAAGACAACCAAUAAUACCUGGUUAUGCUCUAACCGACUAUGGAGAAAUUGGCACUUUCACUCGCGGUUGGUUCAUUAAUUCCUUUGUCACUCUCCACGUUUCACAACCGAACAGCACAAAGCACAACCGACUUGAACCCUGUGUUGAAGAGGCACGAUUUCUUGAAGUCUUGUUUACUUAUCUCCAUAGAUAGAUAUUAUGCCUUCUCGGUUAUAUAUCUAUAGCUGAAUUGUUUUAUUUAUCUUCAACGCUACUUUUAUAUGUUUCAGUAACUGUAAGUAUAGGCACAUUUAGUAAAUCCUGAUCUGGUUUUUGAGUUACGAAUACUGCAGCAUAAUGUUCUGUGCAACAUAUAUUAGUACCAAAAUCGGUUAAAUUUAUAGGUUAAUUAAACUGUGAAUAAGGUUUUUUUUGUCAAUAUGAUGUAUUGUAUGUAUUAUAUAAAAAUAGGCAAAUAUUUUUAUUAUCUAAGUAAAUCAAUAAUAGACAGACUAUCUCAACUUCCAUAGUGGUAUUGAAAGUACUUAAAAAUAUGACUCCUAGGGUCGUCUAUGUUUAUAAAAAAUUCUACUUAUUCAAUAAGCAUUCAAAACCUGUCCAACCUUAUAUUUGGGAUUUGAAAAUAACAUGUUGUAGGUAAAUAAUUCUUAUUUCUAAGAGUUCUUCAAUUAAAUUACUAUCAGUAUUUAAUGCAACAAGUCGUCACACCAUAAACUACCGUUUACUACAACUCUCAGUAUGUUUACUUUAGUGAAAUGAGUCAAAAAUCUAGUGAUAUACUUUCCUAAUAAUGUAAAGUUAAUUUUAAAUGUAAAAUCUUAGUUAACACUAAAAAUGCAUUGUUGUACUUGCAUUUGGGUUGUACAUUUAUAACACUAGCAAUGAUUUACUGGUUUUAAACGAAUAUUGUAUAUUGCAGAUAUAAAUAAUAACCCUUUUUAUUUAGGUACUAUUAUGACGUAGUAUCUUGACAGGUUUUUACCUUCAGUUCUUUAUUUAGAAGAUGUAAGGGUGAAAUUUUGUUAAUAAUCAACAACUUCUUGAGGUAAAAUUUAACAACGCCUUAUUAUGUACAUUUAUUGAAUAAGUGAGAAUAACAGAGCUUAUUCCCAAAAAAACAUAUUGUAAUGUUGCAUGUAAAAUUGUAAAUAUAUUUACAGGGAGUAUCUAAUAACGUGUAAUUAAGUUAAAAGUGGCUCCCGAUAGUUUGGCCAGUUGCAUGUAAAAUAAUUCAGAUAUUAAAAGCUAGUCACCGGUUGAGAAGUUAACUUUUUGUAUCUGUAUUUCUUACUAUGUUUUUUUUAAAUAUAGGCAUCUGAAACUUUAAACAUCGUUGUAUUUUUUAAAAUUUAAUUUCCUUUUGUACAGAGUUUAAAAAAUGUAUAACGAUAUUUAUGAGUAGGUCUAUUCGGAAAAUAAUAAAAUAAAGUCUUCUAUAUUAAAUUA